GUGUACACGCGACCGUCACUAAAUGAGAAUACAACCGAAUCGCUUAGUAGCGUUGUCCAUCGACGGGUUAAUUUAGCCAAACUAGUUAGCUUUCAGCCGCAAAUAUGAUAAGCUUUCUGUUCAUUGUUAAUCGCGCGUUCGGCAGCGCCAGUAGCACGCUAAUGGCACAAACAGUUACUGGGCCACGUCCGCUUGUGUUGUGUGGCCCAUCCGGGUCAGGCAAAAGCACAUUGCUAAAACGCUUAUUUGCCGAAUUUCCGGAUAAAUUUGGAUUCAGUGUGUCGCACACAACACGGCGGCCACGCGAAGGCGAAGAGCAUGGCGUCCAUUACUAUUUCGUGGAGCGCCCCGUAAUGGAGCAGGCCAUCGCCAACGAUGAGUUCAUCGAAACAGCGGAAUUCACUGGAAACAUGUACGGCACCAGCAAGGAGGCAGUGCGCGAUAUCCAGAGCCAGGGACGCGUCUGCAUCUUGGAUAUCGAACAAAAGGGUGUGGAACAGAUCAAGAAAACCGAUCUCAAUCCCAUAUUGAUCUUCAACAAUCCACCGACCAUCGACGAGCUGGAGAGGCGAUUGCGUAAACGCAACACCGAAACGGAGGAAACUCUGAGAAAGCGUCUCGAUGCGGCACAGGUUGAAAUUGAAUACGGCUUGACACCUGGCAAUUUCCAUAAGAUCAUACACAAUCGGGACAUUGAUGUUGCGUACGAGGAGUUCCGCGACUUUGUCGUCGACGAGCUCAAGAAGCAAGAGGCAAUGGGCGUGCGCUUCAAUUAGACGAACCAUCU